GAGGCGUGAAGAAGACUAUUGGGGGGGGGACGACGCCAUUUCUCUCUCUUUCUCUUCAAAACGCUCUCAAUCGCCUCUCUCUUCUCAGACAAAGCCCAACAUUCGUCCAACUUCCUCUCUUUUUUUUUUUUUUUUUCAACUUUUUUACACACCCAAAAUCAAAACCCAAUCAAACCAAACCAAACCCAUUCCCUUUCUCUUCUUUUUUUCAAAUGUUUGUUUCUUCCUCCAUCCCUUUACGCUUCGCAUCUCUCUCUUCUUCUUUCUGUAACAUAUAGUUAACUCUGUGUAAGCUAAUUAAGCAACACCCACCUUUGUUUUUUUCUACACAUUAACUUCCCUCUGAUUUGCCUCUGUUUUCAUGGCCUUUCGCCCCUUCUCCUGCUGUGGAAUUGGUUUGGAUCGGAAAGAAAGAGGGAAGAAACAGCAAACAUGGAGGGUCUUUUCGUUGAAAGAAUUACACUCGGCUACAAAUAAUUUUAAUUAUGAUAACAAGCUUGGAGAAGGAGGAUUUGGUAGCGUUUACUGGGGACAGCUGUGGGAUGGAUCACAAAUUGCAGUUAAGAGGUUGAAGGUCUGGAGCAACAAGGCAGACAUGGAAUUCUCUGUGGAAGUUGAGAUACUGGCCCGAGUUAGGCACAAGAAUCUUUUAAGUUUACGUGGUUACUGUGCUGAAGGGCAAGAGCGCUUGAUCGUGUAUGACUACAUGCCCAAUCUAAGUCUACUCUCCCAUCUACAUGGACAUCACUCAUCGGAAUGUCACCUUGAUUGGAAACGUCGUAUGAAAAUCGCUAUUGGGUCUGCCGAGGGAAUUGCUUAUCUUCACCAUCAAGCAACCCCACAUAUCAUUCAUCGAGACAUCAAAGCUAGCAAUGUUUUGCUGGAUCCUGACUUCCAAGCUCGUGUAGCUGACUUCGGAUUUGCAAAACUCAUCCCCGAUGGGGCAACACAUGUAACUACAAGAGUCAAGGGCACACUCGGAUACCUUGCUCCUGAAUAUGCCAUGUUAGGUAAGGCAUCAGAGAGUUGUGAUGUAUACAGCUUUGGCAUUCUCCUGCUUGAGCUUUCCACCGGCAAGAAGCCUCUUGAGAAAUUAAGUGCAACAAUGAAACGCACAAUCAUAGAUUGGGCACUACCGAUUGUAGUUGAGAAAAAUUUCGAGGAGCUUGCAGACCCAAAGCUAAAUGGAGACUACAAUGCAGAAGAGCUAAAGAGAGUCAUCCUCGUUGCGCUCUGUUGUUCCCAUGCACGACCAGAGAAACGACCAACCAUGCUCGAGGUGGUUGAACUACUAAAAGGAGAAUCAAAAGAAAAGCUAGCGAAAUUAGAAGGCGAUGAACUGUUCAAGAGCCAUCAAGUAGCUAAACAAACUACAGAAACACAAGCUGGUGAAGAUAGCUCAGACUUCAUAUCAGAAGAACAGGAUUCAAAAGAGAAGGUGAAAGAGAAUUCAACACAAAACCCCACAUGAGAAUAGUAAGUCUACUAGCUUAGAAAGAAGUUUCAGACAGCUUUCUGUUUUUUCUUUUUUUCUUUUAUCAUUUUUAUCUUGGGAAGUUGUGGGUUGGUUAAUACAGUAGUUCUCAAGUUUCAUGUUAGCUCUGGCUGUCCUUUACAAAAGCAUGUCAGGGUGGUAAUGGCUUAUUGAUUCUCAAGCAUUGUUUUAUGAGUGCAGCUGAGAUUGUAUGAUUUGUGGUUCCCUUUUUAGACUCUUUUUUUGGGGGUUCCAUUUUAUGUUUGGAUAUAUAUUUAUAUAUAUACACAUAUUGUAAGUGGCUUCAAACUGUAUCCAACCUGGUGGUUCUCCUCUUUGGAUGUAUAGACUAUUUUUUUGUUUUGUUUUCA